UGUUGUUAAAAAAAAAUCCCGCGAUUAGUGGCAUAUGCAGCGAGCGGAGUGUGUGGCUUGUGUUGUGUUGUGCGUGAUGUGUGUGCCCUUACCGACAGGCAGUGCCAGUGCCUGAGUCUGACACUUCUUUGAAGGGGAGACACCGGAAGAAUACUUAAGCAGAAUGUCUGCCAAAAACCAAAUGAGCGUCUUCAUGGAGAAGAUCAACACGACGCUACAGUCGUGUCCCUCGGUUGUGUGCAUCAAUGAGCCGGACACGCACAGUGCCAACAGUACGGAGGUAUUGCAGCAGACCACGCCGGAGAGUACGCUAGAGAAGAAGCAGCUCCAAGGAGCAGCAGCAGCAGCAGGCCUAAGUGGCAACUGCAUUACAAUCAAUGCGGCAGCAACAGCUGUUGGCGGCGCCACCUCUGCGGGAGUGACAAAGAUAACGAUAACAGGCGACAGCAGCAGCAGCAACAGCACCAAGAGAGACUCAUAUGAGAGUCAUCCGGGCAGCAGCAUUCUUAAGACGAACAAUCACAACAGCAGUUUGGUGUCCAUCACGAGCCUAAACAGUUGCGACCUCAGCUACGGCCGUGAGAGCCAGAGUCCAGAGGGGGGUAGCACAGCCACACUGCCCCUGGGUGGAGGCAACAGGCAUAGCCAUAGCCAUAGCCACAGCAGCCACAACAAUCCACACGGCAGCAGCGACACCUCAUCGGGCAAUUUUCAAGAACGUUUCGACUUUGAGCACUGGAAGGGAUUACUCAGCGACUACAACUGUUUCCACAGUCUCUAUCGGUAUUGGAAUCAGUGUAGCAGCAGUCAGAGCAGCAGUGGCAGUGGCAUUGCCACUAAAAGGCAAACGUGCCACCCAUUGGAUGCUCAGUCACGCAACGAUCAUGCGCAUGAAUCGAACAACAACGAAGCAGGAUUGGGCAGCGGUCUGGGCAGUGGUUCAUUCUACACGAAUAAUAUACUAGGCUAUACCUUUGGAUCCCUACCCUUUGGCUUUAAGCAGCAGCACUCAGACAUCGAUAGCCAGUGCGGCGGCAGCAGCAGCAGCAGCACUCUAGGAUACAACAAAAAGUCAUCGUCUUCCUUUUACUGGAACGGACCGGGCAACGAAACGCCACUACAGAAACACUACAGACAGCAGCAGAAACGAAAGAUGCCCGGCUUUAGGGGCAGGAGAGCCUGGUGCGGGUGCUUCAAGGACGAUGAACCCCCCGAGAUCUGUGUGGUGGAGGGCGCCUUCACGCUGCAGACGCUCACGCCCACACAGCCGAUGCCGUCGGUGGAUGAGCUGGACACCAAGUUCGCGGAACUGGUCGAGGAGCUCGAUCUGACGGCGCCCAACAAGGAGGCGAUGCUCAGCCUGCCAGCCCAGAAAAAGUGGCAGAUCUAUUGCUCGCGCAAGCAGCCGCUGGACGCGGGCGAUGACCCCGAUGGGCCAUCGACGUUGGCCGGCCAUCAGCCGCCGACGGCCGAGCACUAUAUCGAGCGGCUGAAGGAGCUGGUGGUGCAUGUCUCCCUCUCGCCCGAGGACUCGCCCAGCCAUGAGGGGGCCAGCAAUCGACUGGAUAACCAUGCGGCACUCGUGGAUGCCCUCAAGACAGCGCUGCGCACCUCCACGCACAGUUUUGUGCUGCGCUUUGUGGAGCUGGACGGUCUGCCGGCGCUGCUUAAUCUGCUGCUGCAGCUGGACAUACGUGUGGCAAACAGUUCGCUGCACACGAGCCUCAUUGGCUGCAUCAAGGCGCUGAUGAACAACUCGAUGGGACGCGCCCAUGUGCUGGCCCAUCCGACGGCCAUCGAUACGAUUGCCCGCUCCCUGGCGGCGGACAAUAUACGCACGAAAAUCGCCGCCCUGGAGAUCCUGGGCGCCGUGUGUCUGGUGCCGGGCGGACAUCGCAAGGUGCUGCAGGCGAUGCUGCACUUCCAGGAGUUUGCCACAGAGCGCACGCGCUUCCAGAGCAUUGUCAACGAUCUGGAUCGCUCGACCUAUGCGUACAGGGACAAUGUCAAUCUGAAGACGGCCCUCAUGUCCUUUGUGAAUGCCGUCCUCAACUAUGGCCCCGGGCAGGAGAAUCUCGAGUUCAGGCUGCAUUUGCGCUAUGAAUUUUUAAUGCUCGGCAUCCAGCCGGUCAUUGACAAGCUGCGAACGCACGAGAACGAGACGCUGGACAGGCAUUUGGACUUCUUUGAGAUGGUGAGAGCCGAGGAUGAGAAGGAAUUCGCACGUCGCUUCAACGAGGAGCAUGUGGACACGAAGAGCGCCGGUUCCAUGUUCGAGCUGCUGCGCCGCAAGCUCAGCCAUUCGCCAGCGUAUCCCCAUAUGCUGUCGCUGCUGCAGCAUAUGCUGUUGCUACCCUAUACGGGACACUGCACGGAGCAUUGGCUGCUGAUUGAUCGCGUGGUGCAGCAGAUUGUGCUGCAAGUGGAGCAGCGACCCAGCAGCGACCUCAUACCCGAUGCCCUGGAGGAUCCCAGCAAGCAGCUGAAGCUGGCCAGCGAGUACCCGGUCCACGAUCCGGAUGUGGCACCCCUGCAGAUCGAUGUGGGCAAGCUGGUGCGUCUGCUGGUCAAGGAGGAGCAGCUGACGCAAGCACGCAAGCGUGCGGAUGAGCUGGAGCGCGAGAACUUUGAGGUGCAGUCGCGUCUGGCCAAAAAGGAGCAGGAGCUCGAUUUGCGAAUGCAGGAGAAGGAGGACCUGGAGACGGGACUGGCACGCAUGCGCGAGCGCCUCGAGAAGGAGUCCGCCCAGCACUCGCAGGCCGUGCAGCGUGCACAGAGUGCCGAAAUGAAGGCCGAGGAUCUGCAGCAUCGGCUGCACAGCGAGCAGCAGGAGCGAGCGCGUCUCGAGCGGCUCGUCACCGAGGGCAGCAUACCCGAUGACCAAAAGGUUGCCGGUCUGACCGGCUGCAAUGGCGCCGUGUCGCCGCCACCACCGCCGCCGCCGAUGCUGAAUGCCAUACCACCACCGCCGGCACCGCCAAUGGCGCCAGCAAUGCUGCCACCGCCACCGCCGCCAUGUCCGGGUGCACCACCACCGCCGCCCAGCAUGACGCCAGCGAUGACUCCUGUGGCGCCCAAGGUGGAGCUGCCCAAGAAGAACGUGCCCCAGCCGACGAAUCCACUGAAGAGCUUCAACUGGUCCAAGCUGCCGGACGCCAAGCUGCAGGGCACCGUCUGGAGCGAACUGGACGAGAGCAAGCUGUACAACAACAUGGAGCUGGAGUCGAUAGACAAACUCUUUUCGGCCUACCAAAAGAACGGAGUGCCAGCACACGAUGGCUCCUACGAGGAUCUGCGACCCACGGGACAGAAGAACAAGCAAAAGGUGCUCUCAGUGAUCGAUGGGCGACGUGCCCAAAACUGCACCAUUCUGUUGAGCAAACUGAAGAUGAGCGAUGUGGAGAUAUCCAAAGCCAUCCUCUCCAUGGACUGCAAUGAGCAGCUGCAGCUGGACAUGGUCGAGCAGCUGCUAAAGUUCACGCCCUCCGCCGAGGAGCGUGCACUGCUGGACGAGCACAGCGAGGACAUUGAAUCGCUGGCACGAGCCGAUCGUUUCCUCUACGAGAUAUCCAAGAUACCCCACUACGAGCAGCGGCUGAAGAGUCUGCACUACAAGAAGCGCUUCAUGCUCACCGUCAACGAUCUGACGCCGCGCAUCAAGAGCGUAAUGGAGGCCUCACGCGAGGUGGCACGCUCGCGACGUCUGCGCAAGCUACUGGAACUGGUGCUGGCUUUGGGCAACUACAUGAAUCGUGGGGCACGCGGCAAUGCCUCUGGCUUCCGUUUGGCAUCGCUGAAUCGUCUGGCGGACACCAAAUCGAGCGCAGCCAAGGGCACAACGCUGCUCCAUUAUCUGGUGCAGGUGAUCGAGAAGAAGUUCAAGGAUCUGCUGAAGCUGGAGGAUGACAUACCGCAUGUGCGCGGCGCCUCCAAGGUGUCCCUGGGCGAGAUGGACAAGGACAUACAGAUGCUGCGCACCGGACUGGCGGAUGUGGCCCGUGAGAUUGAGUUCCAUCGGAGUUCGGGGCCCGCACAGCAGGGCGAUCGCUUUCUGCCCGUCAUGCGGGAGUUCCAUGCCCAGGCAUCGGUGCGCUUCGCCGAGCUGGAGGACAAGUUCCAGGACAUGAAGACGCGCUUCGAUCGGGCCGUUCGGCUGUUCGGCGAGGAUGGGUCCGUGCUGCAGCCGGACGAGUUCUUUGGCAUCUUUGACUCGUUCCUGGGCGCCUUUGCGGAGGCGCGUCACGACAACGAGAGCUUCCGGCGACGCCAGGAGGAGGAGGAGAAGCGGGCCAAGCAGGAGGCCGAGCUCAAGAAGCGGACCAUCGAUCGCAAGAACAAGACCGGCCUCAUGAGCAGCGUGGCCCGCAAUCUCGGCCUGAAGUCCUCAUCCCCCUCAUCGAAUGGUGGCGACUCACCGGCCAAGGGUGGCGCCGGCGGCGACAACAAGGGCGAGUUCGAUGACCUCAUCUCGGCCCUGCGCACCGGCGAUGUCUUUGGCGAGGACAUGGCCAAGUUUAAGCGAUCGCGCAAGGCGCGUGUACUGAAUGGUGGCGCUGGCGCGGCAGGCGCCACCGGCAACACCUCACCGCCCCGGCAUGGCAGCCUGCAGCGCGAGGAGAGCGGACGCGAACGGGAGCGGACGGUGCGGCGUCAGUAGUAGAGGAUAAGAAUCUCGAUGCUCUGUAAAGGUUUUUUCUGUUUGUUUCAUGUCUGAAAUUGAGCGCAAGUAUUUUUUUUUUUUUCGUACAUCGUAAAGACAUUAUUUUUUUGUAAUUAUUUAUAUACGAUACGAUUAUACACUUAUACACCUAUAAACCUAUAUACAUAUAGCACAUAAUCUAAACCUAAAUCUCGGCUAAUGCAAGCGUGAAACCAAAUUUUUUUUUUUGUACACAAAAAGAUCGCAAAAAUCGAAGAGCGUAAAAAUGUAAUUUAAAGUCUAAAAGAAAAACAGAGAAAAAAAACAAAUGUUAUGUCGUGGCGUACCUUGGAAAUUGUAAUUGUAAUUGUAUCUUUGUAUUUGU